UCAGGAGCUUUUCAAAAUCCGAAAGGAGAGAUGCAGUUGACUCAGAAGGUAUUUUAGACUACUGAACGAGAACAAACCGUUUGACAACACAGGUAUAAAUAUAUAGUAGGCUACCUUGGUUACGCUAGCCCCAAAUAAGGAGUUGAAUCAUCAAGUUUCGGAAGGGUUUAUUUGAGAGAAAAUCAAAACCUAUUUUUUUAAAGGAAGGACGGACCGUUGUGAAACUUCUGUAGCGGUCUCCCUAAAAUUCGACCAGAGAAGAGGGAUAGGCAGCCUUCGACUCAGUGGAGUUUCUGUGGGGCAGGGUGCUGUCCUAUGGGAUGGAUGACGGCCAGCAGGAUCAGUACGAGGAGCGGCUGAAGGAGGUGUUUGAGAGUUUCGACGCCAGCGGCGCCGGGUCGCUGUGCCCCGAGGAGCUGUCUGACCUGUGCCAGGCCCUGCACCUGGAAGAUUCCACCCCCACCCUGCUCCAUGCCCUGCUGCAGAACCAGGACAGACUCACUGGCAGGGUUGAUUUUGACCAGUUCAAGAAUGCCCUGAUUCUGGUGUUAUCGACCAACGUAGCAGCAACACCUGCACACAGUCAGGAGACAACAUCCACUCUGCUACCACCAGACUCACCAGUCCAAGCUAAGUUUGUACGGGGUAGUAAACGCUAUGGCCGACACUCUACACCAGAGUUCACAGAGACCAUCGCAGACUUCUCAGACGCUACAGGGCAGGACCCAGAAGAUCACGAAGACUCUUCUGUGCCCAGGAAACGUGAGCGCUGGAACGCUCUUGAAAGGGGAACGGAAGAGUACGAGGCAGAAGGCCAGCUGCACCUGUGGAACCCUGAUGAGCCCUCUACCCCGCGGGGCUCUAUCACACCCCUCUCAGACCGCCUGGAGGAGAGGUUUCGGGAGGCCUGCGAGGAGCUGGCUAUGUCCUGGGAUGGAUGUGCCAGCCACCAUGAGCUACUGGCUCUCUGUGACCACCUGGGGCUGGAGGUGACGGAGGAUGUCCUCCAGGUUCUAAGUGUUAAUGAGAUAAUGAGCGUUCAGGCGUUUGCUUCCUGGGUUCUGAACCACGCCAAGCCCCCCACCCCCUCUGCCUCCACACCUUACAGACAGCUCAAAAGACUACACUCCUCACAGCCAUUCGAUGAGACGGGCCGUAGAACCAGCGCUAUGACGAGUACCAUCGGGAUGCGUCUGUUCUCUACUCUGGACGAUGGGACAGGGUCCACCCCCGCUGAGGACGUCCUGGAUGCCUGGACGGAGGAGGGCAUCGAGAACAGCUCUGAGAUACUGCAGGCCUUGGAUUUUGACCUGGAGGGCAAAGUGAACCUCGGUGAGCUGACUGUGGCUCUGGAGAACGAGCUCCUCAUGACCAAGAAUGGGAUCCACCGGGCUGCACUGGCCAGCUUUAAGGCUGAGAUCCGAUACCUACUUGAGCGUGUAGAUCGGGAGCUCAGAGAGAAAGUGAAGAUUCGUUCUGACCUGGAGAAAGCGGAGAAGUUAAAAACCCAGCUGGCUACUGAGGUGGACGAGCAUCACUCUGCCAUCGAACGCAUGAAUGACCUCAACCUCAGAAAGCUGGAGCAGGAACACAGGGAGAAGCUGGUGUCUGUCAGGUCGGAGCUCAUUAGAGAGAUGGACCAGAUACAGCAGCAGGCUGGUCUGCAGAGAGAGGAACUGGAGGCAGAGAUGGAGAAGAUCAGAGACGACGAGACUUUCCUCAGAGACCACCUCUCACUCACUGUCAAGGAAAGUAGGCGUCUGGAGAUGGAGCUGCUGGACAGCACUGAGAAACUGGUGGAGGCAGAAAACCAGGUCAGCAAGCUGCAGAGGAACCUGGAUAACAUCCUGAAGGAAAAGUUUGGGGACCUGGACCCAGGCAGUGCAGAGUUCUUCCUUCAGGAGGAGCGUCUCAGACGGCUACGCAGCAGCUAUGAGGAACAGUGCCGGGCGCUGCAGGAUCGCAUCGAUGAGCUUCAAGCAGAGCUACAGGAGUACCACAACUUGGGCCGCACCUCUCAGCCCUGUCUCAAACCCUCUCUCUCUGAGGACCUGGAGAGCAAGAGUCCUGGCGUGGAGUCAGACCCAGGUCUAGGCUCGGAGGAGGGCCAGCCGUUGUUCAACAUGAGCCUGGAGGCAGAGAUGAUGCUGGAACGGCUGAAAGAGAAGCACCUCCGAGAGAUGGAGGAUCUACAGGCUCAGCUGGAGAGCAAGGUGAGUGAGUUUGACCAGAAGGUGGAGGAGCAGAAGGCAGACCUGGAGGCCCAGAAGGCAGCCUUGUCCCUGCAGUACCUGGAGGAGAUCCAGGCACUACGAGGGGAGAUGUCCGGCAUCCAGAACCGAGCCCUGGAGCUCCAGGCCCAGGUAGAGAAUGCUGAGGAGGAGCGGGCCUGUCUGGAGCAGAGACAGGCAGGGGUGCUGGAGGAGCUGGAGCACCAGCAGGAGCAGGAGGUGAGCAGCCUGAGACAGGAGCUCCUGGAGGCUCACAUCCAGGCUUCUGCCCUGGAGGAACAGCUGAAAGUCCUGGAGGCCCAACAAGCGGAGGCCGAGCUGGGCGUGGACACGGAGAUGCGGGAACUGAGGAAACUUCACGCCUUGGAACUCAACAAGCUGGACGAGCAGCACGACAAGAUCCUUCAGGUCAGGCUGGAAGAAGAGCGAGGGAAGCUCCGGGAGGAGAGGGCGGAGGUGGAGAGGAGGCUGUCGGAGGAGUGGGAGAGGGAGAAGGUGGAGUUACAGCGGAGCCACGAGGAGGCGGUGAAGGCUAGGAUAGAGGAGGUGGAGAGGAGGCUGUCAGAGGAGUGGGAGAGGGAGAAGGCGGAGUUACAGCGGAGCCACGAGGAGGCGGUGAAGGCUAGGAUAGAGGAGGUGAGUUUGAAGUUCCAGGCAGAGCGAGAGGAGUCGGAGAUGCGACUAACGGAGGAGUGGGAGAGGGAGAAGGUGGCGUUACAGCGGAGCCACGAGGAGGCGGUGAAGGCUAGGAUAGAGGAGUCGGAGAUGCGACUAACGGAGGAGUGGGAGAGGGAGAAGGUGGCGUUACAGCGGAGCCACGAGGAGGUGGUGAAGGCUAGGAUAGAGGAGGUGGAGAGGAGGCUGUCAGAGGAGUGGGAGAGGGAGAAGGUUCAGCUGGAUGAGCAGAGUAACGCGUCGCUCCAGACCAUGUUAGAGGACGAGAUGUUACGUCUAGUCGAGGAGCAGGAGGGUAGGGAGAGCCGUCUCGCCGAGCAGUGGGAGCUGGAACGAGUUCAGCUCCAGGAGUGUCAGGAGGAGGCUCUCCUCACCCGGUUGGCAGAGGAGAAGCUGAAGCAGCAGGAGGAGACGGAGAGGAGGCUCAGGGAGGACUGGGACAGGGAGAGACUCCAGCUGGAGAAGGACUAUGAGGGGAUGCUCCAGGAGCGGCUGCAGGAGCACAGGGAGAGGCUGGCGGGGGAGAAGGAGGAGCUGGAGAAGAGGCUGAAGCAGAUGAUGGAGGAGGAGAAGGAGUGCCUGGAGGAGGCCCACAGACAGGCUGUGCAGGAACUAAGUGCCAAACACAGCGAGGAGAGGGAACAGCUCAGCGGUCUGCUGGAUAAACUGCGGGAGGAUAUCGCUGAGGAAAGGAAAGAACUAGAGAGCCACUUCUCCCAGAAAAUCAGGGAGGUGGAGGCCCGGUUCUCAGGCGACCAGGACGCUGUCGCAGAGCGCUUCCAGACCGACGUUUCCAACCUGGAGACGCACUAUCAGAGCGAGCUGAAGGCACUCACCGAGAGCCACGCUGAGCAGAAAACCAAAUGGGACAAGGAGACGGAGGAAGCCCUUCAGGAAGCUGAAGAGCAGAGGAGAGUUCUGCAGGAAACCAUGGAACAAGAGAGGGAGACCAUCACCCAGGACCUGGUGAAAGAGAGGGAGCUGCUAGAGAGUGUCCAUAAGGAAGAGAUGGAUGCAUUGGUCGCGAAGAACCAGGAACUCCAAAAGGAGCUGGAGAGUUUAAUCAGUUUAGCCCAGACCAAAGAAAUCGAGCUGAGUAGGCAGCUGAACGAUCUUCACAAUAGGCUGCAGGAGAACCUGGACACGAAAGACGAGCUUCUGGCCCAGUCUGAGAACAAAGCCCGGGAGAUGGAGCUUCUGCUGAACCAGGCAGUGGAGGACUUCAAGCAGGAGAGGGCAGAACUUCAGGGAAGCCUUUCUGAAUUAGAGGCAAGGCACUCCAUGGCUGAGAAGCAUCUUGAGGAGAGGUGUGAGCUGCUCUCAGAACGUGAUGACCUGAAGUUGAAGAUCAAAGAACUGGAGAAGCUCCUGAGACAGGUGGCGGUGGACUUUCAGUUUGAGAGACUGGAGCUGCAAGAGAACGUCUCAGACCUGGAACUGAAGCUGAAGGAGAGCCGUCCUUCCUCUGACCUGCAGGACAAUGAGAAAGGAGAGCUUCUGGCCGAGAGAGACCAGCUUAGUAUUAGGAUUCAGGAAAUCGAGAACGAGCUCAACCAACUUCUAGAAUCUGCAGACAUAACAGAGAACAAAGAAAUGGACGAAUCAAAUGAAGUAAAUUUACCACUGCUAGGAGAGGAACAUCUAGAGGCUGCAGCUCUUGAAGAACAAGAAGUAUGUUCAGAAAACCUUACAGUUAGUGAUGAGACAUGUGACGACGUUGUUCCAGAGGACUGUGAAGGCCUUGACGUAGCUCCUGUGGAGCAGGGACCAAACGAUGAAGUUGAGAUUAUUACUGAAUCACCUCAUGAGAUGGAGAGUUCUGAAAACAUCAUUGCAGAAGUCUGUGAUCAAGAAAUACCUGUUACCUCAGACAACCUGAAUGUCUUAGUAGAGGCAUCUGACACCUCUGGCGAACAAGGACAAGAUGACGAAGUGGAGAUGAUCCCUGAAACUCCAAAUAGGUUACAGGAAUGUCCUGAAGACACCAUAACUCUUCAUCUUGAUGGGGCGUGUUAUGAUGAAACUACUGUGGGCGACGGCCAAGACCCUGUGGUCGAAUCUGUUGCCGUUGGGGAGCAAGCACAAGAUGGCGACGCUAGUGAGGGAGGGAUGACUCCUGAAUCUUCUGAGGACAUUGAGGUAUGUCCUGAAAACAUUAUCAGUGUUGAGGCAUGCAACGGUGAAGUCGCUGCUAUUCCAGAAGAAUGCCAAGAACUUGUUGAGGAAUCCCCUGAAUUCCAAGGUCAGGCUGUGGACAACAUGGACGAAGACACUAACGAUGACAUGGUAGUGUUGUCCAUUCCAGAGGAGCAACCUCAAAGUGACAACGUUGAUGGAGAUGUCUGUCUCUCUGAGAUGAAGUGUGAAGUUUCUUCCCCUGAUAAAAUGGAACAGAAUGAUGCUGGUGUAGAAGAAACUGGUUUUGAUGAUAAGCCUGAAGAGGAGGAACUUCAAAAUCAUCUGUUCAAUGAAGAAGUACAGGGUUAUGUGUCUCUGGUUGUCUCUUCAGCCCUAGAGGAGAUAGGUCAUGACACUGAGAAAGAGGCUGUGGAACUGAUUCCUCAGCUGCAGCAGAAGUGUGAAGAGGCAGUGAAGGAGCGAGACGCCUGUGAGAUCACGGAGCUCCGGGAGCAAGUCGGUCAGUUCCAGAGCGAGGCCAGUCGUCUGGCUCGGCUACAGAGCCAGUAUGACACUGCCACUGAGGAGAACCUGGCGCUACAGCAGAAGAUCUCAGAGCUUCAGCAGAAGACUGACGCACUGGAGAGUCUUUCAGCAGAGAACGGUGGAAAUACAGCUUCCGAUCAGCAAUCUUUAGAGGAAAACGGCACCCUCAGUGCUCAGGCCAAAGAGAUCAAGGUGAUGUCUUCGGAUAUGGCCGCGCUUCAGAUCAGAUACGAGGAGUGCAUCUGUGAAAACGCCAAGCUGGAGGAACAGAACUGUCGACUGGAGAAGAGAGUUCUGGGCCUCGAGAGCAAAAUGCACAUCAUCCAAGACUUCCAGGAUCAGCAAGUAGCGUUGGUGGACGAGAUCACCAGGAUGAGAGAGGAGAACUGUAAGCUGACUGAUCUAGUCAGCGAGUUAGAGAGGCAGGAUGAGAUUCUCAUGGCUCUGCAGCUGGAGGCCGAGUCCGAGGAAGACGCCACCACAGAACAAGAACAAGAGUCCUUCCUGGACCUGAACUCCCAACUGGAGGCUAAGAUACAGGCUGUGUCGGAGCUGGAGGACUGCUGCACGGAGUUCGAGAAGCAGAACGCCAAGCUCCGCAGUGCCCUAACGGACCUGCAGGACAAGUCGCUGAGGAUACAUGAGAGGAUGCAGACCCAUAGGAAUGAGGCAGGUCGUCUAGCAGAGGAGAACCUCAUACUCAGACACAAGAUCUCGAUGCUGAAGGAAGAGGACCUGAGAGAGACCCAGGAGGAGACACUCUUGAAACUGGAGCAUUUCAGGAAGGAGAAGAUUGCUGCACAAAAGAAGGCAGAGAGUUUCAAGAGACAGAUAUCUGAGCUGCGUCUCCGCAGUCAGCAGCUGGAGGAUGAGAACGGGCUGCUGUCGGAGAAGAACACCCAGAAUGCAGCAGGAGUGGAGGGCUUGAGCCAGCAGCUGAGGGAUCUGCUCAGACAGAGUGAGAGACAGGAGGCUGUCCGAGACCAGCAACACACUGUGCCAGAGGAUGACAGGAACAAGAUGGCAGUGUGUGUGUCUGCCCUGGAGGCGGAGCUGACCAACGCUGUGGAGGGCACUGCACUGCUAGAGGAUGGCAAGGCCCAGCUGGUGCUACAAAUCAACACCCGCCGAGAUGAUAAGGUGCCUAAGAUGGGGGCUAUGGAGUGCCAGCUCUCCCACCUCCUGCAGGACAACAAGGCUUUGGAGAAACAAACCCAGGGCCUACGCAACCAGUUAGCCAAGUCUCAGGAGAGGACUCAUGUGUUGGAGGAAAGUCUUCAGUCUGCCAACCUCCAGAGCGCCCGUCUCAAGUCAGACCUCCGCGUGUCACAGCAGGAGAAGGACGCCCUCAAACAGGAAGUGAUGUCACUGCACAAACAGCUGCAGAAUGCCAAUGAUAAGAACCAGGUUCUGGAGAUGGCCCUGCACUCCAGCGGCUACCAGAGCCAGCAUAAGAAGCUGUACCGGGACGAGCUGGCCAGGCUGGUGGAGCAGGAACAGCAGCUGCUGAGGCAGGAGAACGAGAGGCUGACCAUGGAGCUCCACAACACCAAGGGUGACCUCCACCACACCAGGGACAAGACGUGUCAGCUGGAGGCAGCCAUCUUAACCGUGAAGCAGCAGAGACAGCAGUGCCAGUCCACCGUAGUGAAGACAGUCGAGCAGGAGAAGACUGCUAUGAAGAGAGAGCUGGACGUGACGCACCAGGAGCUAGUCUCUGCUCACAACAAGGUGUGUGAGGUCCAGAGAGAGCUGGAGAGUCUUCGUCAGGAAAACGAGGGUCUGAAGACCCAACAGAACCAUCUACAAGCCCGGCUUCUGGAGGCCCUCCAGGUCCAGCUGGGUGGUCUGCUGCCCCCGACCCCUCGCAGGAUGCCUGGUGAGCGGAGAGAGCAACACCGUGGGGACGACCUCAACCCAGAGAACGUACAGGAUGAGAGGGCGACGAUGAUGAUGAUGAUGAAGAUGGAGGAACGUAUGAGGGAGAUCGAGCUGUCGCUGCAUAACGUCAAGCUGCUGCUCAAAGAGAAGGUCUGCCAACUCAAAGAUCAGCUCCACAAGAACGGUAAAGCUGAUUCGUUGAUCAAGGACCUGUACGUGGAGAACGCCCAGCUGCUGAAGGCCUUGGAGAUGACCGAGCAGAGACAGAAAGUAGCAGAGAAGAAGAACUUCCUACUGGAAGAGAAGGUCUCCAGCCUCAACAGGAUAGUCAGAGACCUGAGCCCCUCACCCCUAGCCCCCGUGCCCUAUCAUUUCACCUGUUCCUAAUACCUCACCACAGUAGCUGGACGGAACAUGGAACUCGAGUGUUACAUUAAUAUUCCACCCUUAACCCUCAGUCCUCUUCCCCCCCCUUGCCCUACCACUAACAGCUGAGCCCCUAAACAUCUUUAUUGUAUUUAUUAUUUUAUCUGUUCCUAAUUUAGCAGGUAUGAGCUGAACAUGGACGGAACCAUGUAUUUCUUUGGACAGAACUACAGCGUUACACUAACAUUCCAUUUGAGGCUUGGGGAAACUCUGCGGUACUGCCAUACCCAACCCCCACGACUACUGUCCAUGGGGAACUCUGCGGUACUGCCAUACCCAACCCCCACGACUACUGUCCAUGUCCAAAGUAGUCGCCAAAGUAACGGAGCAUGGCUUUAAGUUGAUCACAAAAGUUGUCACUGAUGAUGAAAGUUUUUUUUACCAUGACACUAAAGCACUGUACCAGAGAACAUUCCUGAUACCGAAGUGCACUUCAGGGUUGGGGUCAAUUCCAUUUAAAUUCCAGUCAAUUCAGAAAGUAAACCAAAUUCCAAUUCCACAUUUUCCUA